AUGCCUCAGAGAACACGCCAUUACUGGAACGCAAUCAUUUCUGCGUCUUACAAAAAUGCGUUCUUUUCAGAGACCCUGAAUAUCUACAAAAAGAUGUGCAGCCAUGGUUUUAAACCAGAGAGCUUCAAUAUGGUAUUUGCCAUAAAGGCUUGUGUCCGUGUCUCUCUCUUAAGUUGUGGGAAAACGCUUCACUCCAGCGCAGUAAAAUUGAAUCUAGAGAGAGAUAGCUAUGUGGUUCCUGCAAUUAUUAACAUGUAUGUGAGAUUCCAUUGUUUGGAUGAGGCUCGAAGAGUGUUUGAUAAAAUGUGUGAAAGAAAUUGGGUUUCAUGGGGUGCCAUGAUCAGAGGCUAUGUGAAGGUUAAUCGAGCUCAUGAAGCUUUUGAUCUUUAUUUUGAGAUGAAAAGACUGGGUUUUGAAUUGGACCCAUUUGUAGCUGUUGGCCUAGUUCAGGCCUGUGGCCUAAUUUUCUCUCUUAAAGAAGGCAAAGCCACUCAUGGAUAUGGCCUAAGAAGACAAGUUAUCUUCUAUUCUGACAUUUACUUUGAGACUUCCCUUCUUAACAUGUAUUUAAAAUGUGGCUCCCUCGACUGUUCCACCCGAACAUUCGAAGGAAUGAAUAGGAAAGAUCUCGUCUCAUGGAGUGCCAUGGUUUCAGGGUUAGUGCAAAAUGGGAGAGCUUCGGAAGCAAUAGAUUUCUUUAGUAGAAUGUUGUUAGAAAAAAUCCAACCUAAUCUUCUCACUCUAUCUAGUGUUCUAUCUGCUUUCUCUCAGCUGGGGUCUCUAAAACAUGGUAAAAGCAUCCAUGGCUACCUAUUUCGAUUUGGGUUAGAACCUGACGCGAUCUUUUACACUUGCUUGAUCGAUACAUAUACAAAAUGCGGAGCUUUGGAUUUGGGGAGACGAAUUUUCGAUUCAAUGCCUCAAAGAAGUGUUUUCUCUUGGAGUGCCAUGAUUUCAGGCUAUGGAACCCAUGGCCUGGGCUCAGGAGCUCUAGAACUUUUCAAAUCAAUGCUCGAGGAAGGGUUAAACCCCGAACCAUCGACUCUGGUCUCGGUUUUAUCCGCUUGUAGCCACUCCGGCUUGGUUGAUAAAGGAUGGGAAAUCUUCAACUCUAUGGAAGAGAAGUUUGGGAUUAGGCCUGUGGAAGAUCAUUAUGCAUGUAUGGUUGAUAUGUUAGGGAGAGCAGGGCUUAUUGAAGAGUCUGAAUUGUUCAUUAGUGAGAUGCCUAUAGAGCCUGGUGGCAGUGUUUGGGGAGCUUUAAUGGGUGCUUGUAAAAUUCAUAAGAAUGUUGAGUUAGCUGAGAGAGUGGCUGAGAAGCUGUUUGUGCUUGAGCCAGACAGGCCAGAUGCUUAUGUUAUGCUUUCUAAUGUGUAUGCUUCAAUGGGGUUGUGGGAAGGGGCAGAGAGAGUGAGGGAGAUGAUGAGAGAGAGAGGGCUGAAGAAGAGCCAUGGGUUCAGUUCAGUGUGA